UGAGAAUGAGCGAGGCGGUUGGUGCCGUGAAGGUCAUGUGCGUGACUGGAGCAUCCGGUUACAUCGCCUUGUGGCUUGUCAAGCUCCUCCUGCAGCACGGCUACACUGUCAAGGCCUCGGUCCGCAAUCCGAAUGAUCCAAAAACUGAACAUCUGCUUGGACUUAAUGGAGCGAAAGAUAGACUUCAACUGUUCAAAGCCAACCUGCUGGAAGAGGGUUCAUUUGAUCCUAUUGAUGAGGGUUGUGCAGGCGUUUUCCACACUGCCUCGCCCUUUUAUCAUGAUGUCAAGGAUCCGCAGGCGGAAUUAUUUGAUCCUGCGAAGGGAGCUCUUAAUGUCCUGAAUUCAUGUUCCAAAGCGCCUUCUGUGCAGCGUGUGGUCAUGACAUCAUCUAUGGCUGCAGUCGCACACAACGGAAAACUGCAGACACCUGAUGUUGCAGUGGGUGAAAGUUGAUUUUCUGAUCCAGACUUCUGCAGGCAAACCAACGCGUACCAACAUUUAACACAAGUGCUGCGGCGGUUGCAAAUUUGA